CCUCCUCCAGAGAGAGGCUGUCCCCAGCACCUACCUGAGGGUCUGUCUCCAGCCCAGCAGCUCUCCUCCUCUGUGCCUUCAGGACCUGCUGGCUCUGCUCAAUGAGCAUGGCCCAUCCACAGAGGGGAUCUUCCAGCUGGCAGCCAGCCAGCGCGCCUGCCACGAGGUCAGGGAGGCCCUGGACAGCGGGGUGCUGGUGCAGCUGGAAAACCAGCCCGUGCUGCUGCUGGCUGUCCUCUUGAAGGUGAGCCCUGCUGACCCAGAGCCCUGCAGCUCCUGGCUCUCUUGGUGCUGAUGGGCACCUGUGGGAGCACAAGCACAAACCCAGCCACCUGCUCAUGAACCAGAGGGCUGGGGAUGCUGUGGGUGCUCCUGGGGGCAGUGGCCAAAGCCUCACAUGGAACCCUUGGCACUGCAGGACCGCCUCCGGAAGAUCAUCUCUAAGCUCCUCAACACCCAGCGGUUCAGGGAGUGGAUGAGUGCCAUGGAGAAGACCAGCAGGCAGGAGAGACUGGCAGCACUGAAAGGGGUGGCCAGCAAGUUACCAGAGGCCAACCUGCUCCUGCUCCUGCACUUGCUGUCGCUGCUUAGCAGCAUCAGCAGGAAUGUGGCCACAACCAAGACGACUGCUGAAAACCUGGCCAUCUGCCUGGCACCAAACCUCCUGAGCCCACCCGAUUAUCUGCCCCUGGAUGUCCUGGCUCUGGAGACAGGGAAGGUGACUCAGGUUGUUGAGUUCCUCAUUGACCACUAUGAGGAACUCUUUGGAGAGCAGGUGGCUGGGCUGGCCAGUGAGGGGGAUGAAGAGACACUAGCACCACAAGCAGAGCUGGAAUACAUUGUGCAGACUGCCUGCAGUUCUCAGUGUUGCUUCGAUGCCUUUCUGAAUUUUCUUUACCAUUUCUAUACAGACAUAAAGUUUCAAAUGCAUACAUGGCCAGUCUCUGUGUUUGAAUGA